CGACAGUACCGGUGACGAACCGGUAACCUUGCUAACCAGCGGGCUAGCCGCUUCCUGAAGUAUAAUCUGAGUGGUUGUUAACCUAUUAGCGCCUUCGAGCGGACCGCCAGCAACUGCAAUGCCAGCCAUCUUUGCUAUGAACACUAUUAUCAUGCUCUUCUUUUUUGUUUGAGCUGUACUUAAAAGCUAUGAAGGCCUACCAGUUUUAGAAAUAAUACGUUAAUUGUUCGUUUUAAGUAGCUUUAUUGAGAAGUAACUUCUCUCGUGACACUGUUGCUCCUGACUAGUGUCAACCCCAUAUUUCCGCUCAGCCAAUAGAAUCGCUGGAAAGUUUGAUUGAUUGACCUGGCAGCCAAUAGGAAAUUCGUAAGAGAAAUGACGGGUCUCUCUGCGGCGUUUGCUGUAGAGCUCGUCUCUUUCCGGCGCAGUGUGCUGGGAUGCUGAUGCUGAGGAGCCUGUUAGAUCCGUAGCAUCUCCACAGCCCAAUGUUUGCCGACAUGCUGUCUGGACAGAGGCUGCGGCAUUGUGUUGACUUCUGUCUGGGGUUUGUCCUGUUUCUAGCGGGGCUGCAGCAGGCGGAGGCGGCCGCCGCAGACACGGAGAUGGCCAGCUUGAACUGGAAGCCGUUCAUUUACGGAGGGAUGGCCUCGAUUGUCGCAGAAUUCGGGACUUUUCCUGUCGACUUGACAAAGACGCGACUGCAGGUCCAGGGUCAGUCCCAGUACACGGAGGUACGCUACCGGGGAAUGUUCCACGCUCUGUUCAGGAUCGGCAGAGAGGAGGGCAUCCGGGCGCUCUACUCCGGCAUUUCUCCUGCGCUGUUGAGACAAGCGUCUUAUGGGACAAUCAAGAUUGGGACAUACAAUUCUCUGAAGAGGCUGUUUGUCAGUCGCCCAGAAGACGAGACGAUGGUCAUCAACGUGUUCUGCGGUGUCGUCUCUGGAGUCUUGUCCUCCACUCUGGCCAACCCCACCGACGUUCUGAAGAUCCGGAUGCAGGCCCAGGGCAGCCUCCUGCAGGGCAGCAUGAUGUCCAACUUCAUCAACAUCUACCAGACCGAAGGCACCAGAGGACUGUGGAGGGGCGUCAUCCCCACCGCACAACGGGCGGCCAUCGUUGUCGGGGUGGAGCUUCCUGUUUAUGACAUCACAAAGAAGCACCUCCUCCGCUCUGGCCUGAUGGGAGACACCAUUCUGACACACUUCAUCUCCAGCUUCACCUGCGGCCUGGCGGGGGCGCUGGCCUCCAACCCGGUAGACGUGGUCCGUACUCGCAUGAUGAACCAGCGCGUUUUGUCUGGAAGCCCCAUGUACAAAGGAACUCUGGACGGAGUGAUGAAGACGUGGAAGAACGAAGGCUUCUUCGCUCUCUACAAAGGCUUUUGGCCCAACUGGUUGCGACUGGGUCCGUGGAACAUCAUCUUUUUCAUCACGUUUGAGCAGCUGAAGAAGCUCCCGUUCUAACCGCAGGAGCAGGAAGUGGGUGUGACUGUAAAUCCAGAGGAUGCCGGGCUUGGGGGCGGAGCCUGGCAGCAUCUUGGCUCCAGCAAACUUACACCGGCUUUGAAUCAGUGAAGCAAACGGCCCAGAAUCCACAUCUGCUCACGCUCAUUUCAAAUGUUCUUGUUUCUGCUUCCGCGAGGUUUUUCUGGACCGUUGGGAUAAAACUCCGACUCUCUGGCAGCUAAACGUGGAAAUCAAGGAAGGCCGAGUUUCCCGCCCUCCAAAUGGUCAGCAGACCCUCAGAGGUUCUGCCCCAGGAUUCCUACAGAUGUUUUUGUUUUUAUUCAUUUAUUUAAACCCAAUUCACAUAAUCAUCAAAAAUUAGAGGAAAAAUCAUCAUGUAGGAAUCCUGUUAAAUGUUUGGAGCCUAGAUAUCGACUGUUACGGCGCUCUACACGAACUCCAGGACAGAUGGGGAAGUUACAGGCGGACUCCCUCAUUUGCAAAGGCAUUUAAGAGGCUAAAUAAUCUGUGGAGAUUAAAUCUGAACCAAUGGCUCCAAUCGGUCACAUUUUAUGGAUCUAAGUUUCCAAACAGGAAGUUCUGCAGACAAACAGGGUUUGUUUAGAGGAGGAGAUAUGUCCUAGAUUUAAUGCUCCGUACACGUGGAUAUUCAGGGUUGGGCAUCGAGCAUCGAUUGGAACCGGUUCCAACAGUUCAUUUUUCCCGGAAUCGUUCAAAGUUUUUUAUUUCAAUUUCUAGUUUCGAUUUCUAGAAGAGGAAUCCGUGGCCGAUCUCUAUGAAAAAUAAAAGUGAUCUGAGCUGAUCACACCAGCUGUCUGUGUGCAGCACGUCCCCCCUCCCCCCACCCAGAUAUAAACAAACGCGUCUGCCAAACGUUUACUCCGUAACAUAAACGUUAACUCCUGCAGUGUAGAGGAAACUUGUUAAAUACGUCAACACGGUGGAUUUAAUAGAAGCUUUAAAGAACAAACUCUGGACGGUGUGAGGCGAGUGUCUCACUGCAGAAAUAAAAACACACGGAGCGUCAGCAGUCAGACGCAGCCGCUCACCAACACUUUGUGUGUGUGUGUGUGUGUGUGUGUGUGUGUGUGUGUGUGUGUGUGUGUGUGUGUGUGUGUGUGUGUGUGUGUGUGUGUGUGUGUGUGUGUGUGUGUGCGCGCGUCAGAAGGUUGAACAAUAACCUGUAGAAUAAUUAAAGUCAUCAUGCUAGAGCAGCUUCUCUGUGGUGGAACACACCAGCUUCUGCCACAAUAAAUAAUUAUAAUAAUAAUAAAUAACAUUUUAAUUUCCCUUCUGAACUAUUACUGUUGAGAGUUUUAAUGUUUAAAAUCUGUUAGAUUGUUACUGACAGCAGCUACAUUUAAGUUCCUGUUGUGACUGAACGCUGCUGCAGCAUGGAGGUGUAGUUGUCAGUCAUCCUGGACAUGAUCAUCCUGAGAGUUUUAGCUGAAAACAGCUGGACGUGUCUGGAUAUGUGGGAGACUUUUAGCCUCUCAUCCCAGAGGCUUCUUCCACACUUUGGUUGUGGUCAGAAACAAACACACUGGUUGUGCUGCAAGUCGUCUUCUUUUUUCUCCAAAACACGUUUUUGUCUAAAUGAAGGUGAUGUUGUUCAUAGAGUUAAAAUUCAUGUUGAAGUUAAGGUUAUUUCAUCCAGUAGGACCUGUGGUUAGCUGGCUCAUGUAAAGCAUGUCAUGUCUUCAAAGAAUCGGAAUCGGGAAUCGAUAGUAACCGGAAUCGAAACGAGAAAUUGGAAUCGUUCGAAAUCAAACGAUGCCCAACCCUAAUCACCCGUCUUCAGUAUGUGACAAAAAUAACAUGUUUUCAUGAUUAGAAGCUGACAUCGAUACGAUCAAAACGUGAAAAUUAUUUUAAAAUUUUAAUUUCAAACAUUUAGCAUAAAAAAGCCUAAAUUUUCAGGAUGAAAGCAGGAAAGUUUGUAAAUCAUUUCUGCGUUCCGACCUGGUCGUCAGAGGGUUGGUGGUUCAAUCCCAGCCUCCUCGUUAUGCCCCCCCCCCCCCCCCCCCCCCCCCCCGCCAUUCUGACUCAGGAUCAGGAAGCAGGUCAUCGUUUUCCC